AUGGCGGAGAAUUUUUGGAAGGUACCCAUCUUCUUCUUUGUGUCCUUUUGUAUUUUCCUCUUCAUCAUUCUGGUGGUGCAGGCUUUUAUGCUUUUCAAGAAGUUGAUGCCAAAGUCAAAUCGGAGAUUACGUGAUGGAGUUGUUCUUCUUCAUCAAAUGCCUCCAAACAACCGAGUUUUAAAUGUUUCUCCACCAUCUUUAAAGUUAGAAACUUAUUUGAGAAUGUGUAAUAUUCCUUAUGAGAGCGAAUACAGCUUUAAGACGUCAACCAAAGGCAAAGUUCCGUGGAUAGAAUACAAUGGUAGAUCGGUUGCGGAUUCUAAUUUCAUUGUGCGUUUUCUCAACGAAGAGUUUAAAGCUGACCCUGAUGCUCAUUUGAGCGUUGUCGAAAAAGCCAUCGCCCACACCAUGAUCGUAACACUUGAGGAAAAUACCUAUUGGUAAGCACUCUUGUUGCUUAUUUUGUCAAUAAACAUACAGUAACUGACGCACAUUAAUUUUUUUUUUUUUUGGAAAGUUCUCCUGGCCCAGAGUUGGACAGGGUUCAGGGGGUGUGUCAACCUGUGUUGGGGAUGCGGAAUGAACAUGACUUCAUGAGGCUAAUAAACCUCUUGGCUUCCUUGAAACAGAACUACCUAAAAUCAUAGAACAAUACUAUAUCUGUCCAAGAUGAAUCGAAAAAAAGGGUUCUGGAUUUGUACCUAGUCCUUAUAAGGUCACUGAAAAUUCAAAGUGGGUGGGGAGGAUCUUAAGCAUAACAGAAAGAACCUUAACUAAAUUUUCAAGAGGAGUCUGGUGCGUUCAAACCAUUAAGUCCUCUAUGGUUGGAGGAUGGAUAUUAUCUGUAUCAACACAAUGCUGUUCAGCUGUACUUUUGCUAACCUAUCUAUUAGGUGCUGGUAUUUUUAGGGCACAGGGAGAAAUUUCAAAGACCAGUGCAGGCACAAGGGGAGAAUAGGAGAGGAGGCCCCUCUGCAUGUUCCCCUUGCAUGCUUUAUAUAAACUAACCAAAAAAAUAACAGCUGCUUGCUAUGCAUGCUUUACUUUUGCCAGGUAUCUAUGGCUGGCAGAGUCUGACAUGUACCUGUCUUUAGGGGGCGCCUAAUAUAUUACUUAUACUCACUGUGAAGUUGAUUAAGACGGAAUCCACCAGAAAACUGAAUAAUUUUAAUUUUCAGUGGACAAAAACCUUGUACCAGAAUAUUUUAAGCCACACUGCAUUCCUUUUUACACUUUUCAGGAGCUGUAGAUAUAAUUAUAGUUUUAAUAACUCAAUUUCCUGAUGGAUUCCAUCUUAAUAAUAAUUCAUUGUCUCUAUAACUUCUUUUCUGUUCUCCAUUCAAUUCAAAGGACGGUGAUGUAUCAUAUCAUUGAGGUUGAUCUUGCCGAUACAAAAACAAUGUCACCUUUGCUGAGCGUGACACCUUAUCCCCUCAAAUAUGUUGCAUCUUGGCUGUUUUGUCGUGCCUUGAAAAACUACCUAUGGAGUCAUGGGAUUGGCCGACACACCAAGGAGGAGAUUUAUAGCAUUGCAGAGAAUGACCUGAGNAAUUCAAAGGACGGUGAUGUAUCAUAUCAUUGAGGUUGAUCUUGCCGAUACAAAAACAAUGUCACCUUUGCUGAGCGUGACACCUUAUCCCCUCAAAUAUGUUGCAUCUUGGCUGUUUUGUCGUGCCUUGAAAAACUACCUAUGGAGUCAUGGGAUUGGCCGACACACCAAGGAGGAGAUUUAUAGCAUUGCAGAGAAUGACCUGAGAGCUGCUUCAGAGUUGUUAGGAAAGAAAAAGUAUAUCAUGGGCACCAAACCUUGCCUGUUGGAUGCUGUGUUGUUUGGAUUAGUUUCAGUUCUCAUCUGGAAUGUUCCUACAAGCCCUCAGGCCAAUCUGAUCCGAUCAGAAUUGAAGAACUUGGAAAGGCAUUGUUACAACAUAAAAGAGGAGUAUUUUCCAGACUGGGAUCAGCUUAUUCUUAAACAUAAAAUCUCUUAAAUAUAGACUGCCGGUUACCGUGGAGGUCACAGCAAUAUUACUAAAGGCUAUUCAUUUAAAACUAGUUUUCUAAUAAAAUAAGAAAAAAUUGAUUUUGAGUUCUCAUAUUGGAAUGUAAGGGAUGGGCUAUUUCUGAACUGUUUCUGAUAGCAGUUCAUCAAUUAUUCACUUGUACCUCAACAUCUCUGCCAUUAAAAGCCUUCAUCAAGGCCACCAUAUUGAAAUUUGUGAGCG